CAACACACGAACUACGCCCCACCACUCGCUCAAGGCGAUAAGGCCAUUUAUCAUCGGCGGAACCACGCACUGAAACGCCAAACCACGAGUGAGCUCGUCGUCGUCGUCUACAACGGUGAGACCACGGUGGCGGUAGACAUGGCCGCCUUACUCCACCAAGCGGCUCUCCCGGCCGCAAAACCACCCCACCCAUGGGCGCUCAACCCGACGCCCAGCCUGAGCCUCUCACCGCUCUCCAGGCGACGUCGACGCGCCCCAACCAUCCGCUCGGCGGCCACGGACAGCAGCAUCGGCGCCGGCGCAGCGCCGUCCGAGAAUAAGAAGACCACCCGGAAGGAGAAGCAGCAGGAGCGGCGGCGGCAGCAGGACCUGCAGCACCGGCAGCAGCAGCUGAUGAUGAUGGAAGAGGCGUCGUCGCUCGCGACGAAGCGCGACGGCGACAGCAACAGCGGCCGCCGCAGCGGCGAGAAGCAGGAUGGCGGCGACGACGACGACGAGGAGCUGCCGCAGCCCGUGUUCGACCGCAUCCUGCGCCGGAUCAUGUUCGCAGUGGGCGUGCCCAUGGCAUCGGGCGUGGCGCUGCUCAAUGCGUACGACGCGCUCAAGCGCGGGCAGGGGGUGGAGGUGCCGACGUGGGUGCCGCUGCUGACCAUCCUCGUCGCCUUCGGCACGUCGGCGCUGGGCAUCGCCUACGGCACGCUAUCGGCGAGCUGGGACCCCGACAAGGAAGGGUCGCUGCUCGGCAUCGACGAGGCCAGGGCCAACUGGCCCGUGCUGUGGAAGGAAGAGAUCGAGAAGGAGAAGGCCAAGGCGAAGCAGAGGAAGAAAUGAUGACUGGCCUUGAGCUGGACAAGCGUCCUGCACACUGAAAACCCUGGGCACCUUGUUACUGACCAUGUAAUAUUCAGUGUGGUAUAGUGUGAUACCUUUCAGUAAACCAAAGGCAAUAAAAUGUAGUAGUUGAGUAA